UUGAAACCCCAAAACCGUGUUCUUCGUAUCACAUUAAUUAAAAUGUUCAUAUAAUAACAUAAUCAUGCAUCCUCAUCACUUCAUCUACUCGUGAAAUCAAUAACCAAAAAUACUAAUCAACUACUUGUUACUCGAGCCAUGGAAUACCUCCUGAACGUCCUCGAAGAUGGGCAUGUCACAGUAGACCAAACCGAUCCUAUUGGACGUCUGUUUCCUCCCUCUUUUGAUCCUCACACUGGGGUCGAAAUCAAAGAUGUUAAAAUCUCAUCCGAAGUCUCAGCCCGUGUAUUCUUACCACACGGGGCGUGCGUUACUCCGUCAUGCUUCAAAUUCCCCCUUCUUCUCUACAUCCAUGGAGGCGGAUUUUUCACUGAAUCUCCCUUCUCCAUGUUGUACACUCGCUAUGUGAUUCGUCUUGCAAACGAAGCAAAUGUGAUGGUUGUUUCAGUAGACUAUGGUCUCUUCCCCAAACGGCCUAUCCCCGCAUGCUAUGAAGACUCAUGGGCUGCCCUCCAAUGGAUUGCCUUACAUGCUGAAGGGUAUGGACCCGAAACUUGGAUCAAUAAUUAUGCUGACCUGAAACGAAUAUUCGUUAUAGGAGAUUCCGCCGGAGGAAAUGUUUCUCAUAAUCUUUUAGCACGAGUUGGGUCUAUCGGACUUCGUAAGGGAGUUAAGAUAGAAGGUAUGAUUUUGGUUCAUCCGUUUUUUGGACAAGGUAGUAUAGAUGAUGAGGUUUGGAUGUGUAUGUGUCCUACAAAUGCAGGUCCUUGGGAUCAUAGGAUGAAACCCAGUGAAUCCGAUCUUGUUGGAAUCGGGUGUGGUAGGGUGUUGGUGUUAGUAGCUGAAGAUGAUUAUCUUCGUGAUGGUGGGAAAGGAUAUGUCGAUGAAUUGAUCAAAAGUGGAUGGGAAGGAAGGGUUGAUAUAGUGAAGAAUCAAAAGAGGACUCAUUGUUUUCAUAUCUUUAAUUUUCAUGAUUCUGAGGCUGUUGCUAAUAUGCAACGAAUAAUUUCUUUUAUCUAUGGUUUUUGUUGA